AUGGAAGCAAUCAAGCAGACGGUGGCUCAGAAUAUGGGCUUCGGCGACAAAGCUCAUACCCUUGUCCCUGAAUCGCAGCAGUUUGCACUCGAACAAACGCCCGACCUCUCUGGCAAAGUCGCGGUAGUGACAGGAGGCUCUGAGGGUAUUGGCUACGGUGCAACUCAUACACUGCUCACUCAUAAUAUCGCCAAGGUCUUCAUCCUAUCUGUCUCGAAAGAUGUCAUUGACGGGGCUGUCGACGCUAUCAAGCAAGAGAUGGGGGAAGCCGCGGCCAAAAAGGUCGUCUGGUUACAAUGCGACAUGAGCAACUGGUCUCAGGUGGUAGAAACCGGCAAUAUCAUCCAGAAACAGACGGACAGACUAGAUAUCUUGAUCAAUAAUGCAGCAAGAGGCAUCAUGUCAUACCAAGUGACUGACUAUGGGGUCGAUCGCCAUAUGGCAGUCAAUCACAUGGGGCAUGUCAUUUUGACCUCGCAUCUCCUUGGUCUCCUGAAGUCGACGGCGAGGAAAGGAGACACAGUCCGGAUAGCCAACCAGGCGUCAAAUGCUCACCAAGCCGCACCCGGCGAUACAAAGUUUGCCUCUCUGGACGAACUCAAUCAAGACCUUGGACCAAACGGGCAAUACGGUCGAUCCAAACUAGCCAGCAUUCUCUAUUCCCGCUACCUAGCAAGGCAUCUUACGAAGGAGCACCCGAAUAUCUUGGUCAAUGCAACACAUCCCGGGUUUGUAGACACGAAGAUGAGCACACAAGACAUCCAUGAGCCGUAUCCGCUGGGUGGGUACGCCAUGUCAGUUGGGAUGGCACCGUUGAAGAAGAAUAUCAUGCAAGGGGCUGUUUCUAUUGUGUUUGCUGCAACGGCGACCAAGGAGAGCGGCCAGUACAUUUGCCCGCCAGCGGUACCGGAGAGUGGGAAUAGCUUGGCGCAGGACGAGCAAUUGGGGGAGCAGUUGAUGAAGCUCACUAUCGAUGUCAUUAAGGAGAAGACGUAUAAGGACUCGGUGGAAAAAGGAUGUCCAUUCCAAGCAUAUUGA